AUGGCUGCUAUUUUACGGUUUAACAAAAGAUGGUUGUUGCUGAUAGGUGGCAUAAUUAUCUUGAGCUUAACCUGUAUUUUGCUAAAGUUAAAUGGGUCACCCGCAUACCCAGCCCCACCUCUUCCUAUACGUGAUUCUCCUUCAUAUUGGCCAACCCCCAUAGAACAAGCUUUCUGUCGACCCAAGAUCUAUGUAUAUAAGGCACCCGAGAGCUUUCAAGUAUCUCGAGAUAUACAAGAACAAAAGUGUCAUGAAUCCAACUACAACUCAGAGAUCAUCCUUCAUAAUCAGCUUGUCGAUCUCAGCAGUCCAAUCUACCAACACUACGUUACUGAAAACCCUGAAGAAGCAGACUUCUUUUUUAUCCCCUUUUUUGGUGCUUGUUACCUGUAUAAUUGCUGGGGAAACAAUGGCUGGAAUUGGGAUGCACGCUGUGAUAUCGAUCAGUUGUAUGUGGAUCCAAUGAUGGAUAUGGUUAUCCAUGACUUUCCUUACUGGAACAAGUCUGAAGGAAAGAACCAUAUCAUGAUUCACCCUAUGGACAAGACAUUUACUUAUUAUGAACAUCAUUCAAGAUUUCAGCCUGCUAUUUUCCUCAAGACAGUAGGAGACAAGCGACAGAAAUGGAUGCAUAGACACCGUUACCAUAGAGAUAUUGUGAUACCAUCUUCUACCCGUAUGAUUCAUCAUUUACAGGUCAAUCCUCUUGACUAUCUUACAACAGAGGGUCAUCCCAAAUCAGGUAAACGCGAUAUCUUUGUACUCUUUCAAGGCUGCUGUCCAGAUGUCAAACCAGAAGAUGAGUAUUCAAAUGGCAUUCGUUCCUUAUUUUUUGAACACUUUCAACAUUAUCCUGGCUAUGAAAUUGGUCAAGUCAUUGCUGAUCUAGAUUAUCUCAACAAGCUAUCUCGAGCGAAAUAUGGUCUAAGUCCAAUGGGAUGGACAUUGGAUACAACACGUAUUUGGGAAUUCAUGGCAUUUGGUGUUGUACCUGUAGUAAUUGCAGAUGGUAUCAUUGAGCCUUUUGAAUUUGAUGUUGAUUGGGAUUCUUUUAUUGUUCGUAUCCGUCGAGAUGAAGUCCAUCGUUUAGAUGAAAUCUUGAGGGGAAUUGAUGAACAAACCUAUGAAUACAAGCGUAAAAAACUAUGGGAAUACGGUCGCCGAGUAGGACUCGAAAUGGAUGCCUGGCAUUUUAUUGUGCGUGAUUUAUGUAGAAUGGAGAACAUCAAUGCUCCUGUAAACCUCGGGUUAGGUUAUUAA